AUGGAUCUAGAAUUUAUGGUUCCAAAUCAAAGUGAUAUCAGUCACUCUGAAUUAAAACCUGUAACUAGUAGAAAUGCUAUGAUGAAAGAAGAUUUACCAAUAUCAAUGCUCAUAAAUAUAACAAAUACACCUGGUAAUCCAUUUAUAUGCCUACUUCACAUUACAUUCAAAAUUUUGGCAUUAUUUACAUUCUUAUUUGGUCCCAUUAUAUUUAGAAUACUUACAAAUGAUGAAUUUAUCAUUUGUUUUUUUAGUACAAUAAUACUUUUGUCUCUUGAUUUUUGGAUAGUAAAAAAUGUUACAGGUAGGAUACUAGUUGGUAUGCGUUGGUGGUAUGAAGUUUCAAGUACUGGAGAAACAAUAUGGAUGUUUCAAAGUAUACAAAAUAAUCAGGUAUCUAAUAGUAUAACUAAUUUUGAUAAGACUGUUUUCUGGACUGGACUUUAUUUAUGGCCUAUACUAUGGUUAUUUAUAUUUAUUAUUGAACUAUUAAGAUUCCAAUUUGAGUGGUUGACUUUAUCUAUAACUGCUAUUGCCUUAGGAUGUUCCAAUAUUAUUGGAUUCUUAAAGUGCCUUGUACAUAAUAAUACUUCUAAGAAUGAUUGGAUAACUAAACUAACUUUUAAAACUCUUACAAGCAAUAUAAACAAUAUUGUUUAG